UGAUUAUUGUGUUAUCUGAAUUUCAAUGAUCAAACGGUAGUUUUAUAAACCUUUCACCCGUAUAUUAUACCCCCACUUAUGGCUCACUUUACUGCUCAACCGAUCAAAGAAGAUUUGGCUCAGUUGGAUCAUGCCAUCUUUGAGACAGCGCAUCGUAAUUUGCGACGCGACUUGACUGAAUUCGUUCACGUCUUCGAGGAAAGCGAUCACGUCAAAGAAGAUACACUAGCAGCAGCCUAUGUCCAACUCACCAACUGCGGCCAAAGUCUUCAGACAGCAAAAACACGAGAGGAUGAUUUACAGAGUGCCAUAACUCAAGGUAACAAAGUACGAGAGGAUAUGAAUACGUUGGAGACGGUUCUACAAGACGUGAAGCAUGCAUACGAAACCAAAACACCGCCGUUUGCAGUGGAACGAGCUGAAUUUUUGAAACAAUUGGAAAAGGAACGACAAGAUCAUUUGAAAGAGUUACGGAGGCAGCAGGAUAAGAUUGAAGAACACUAUGCUAAAAAGACACGCGAAUCGACGUAUCGUAACCUAGUGGGAUCAUCGUUCUUCUAUUCAUAAAUGGGUGCUAUCUUUUUCAUUAUUAUUUGACGAAUGGAUGUGCGCCGAGAUCUUGUUGGACGCUCAACAGGCUGGUCUUGAUUGUGGUUGUCAAUUGUUACUGGCCCUCCUGGAUGUUGCUGUUGUUGGUGCUCAUUAGAAUGACCAAAGAGAUCCAAGUAUAAGUGUGCAGGGCUGUCUGCUUCGCGAUGGAAGGGUUUGAACGACAUUGUUUCUGUUUCUUGUUCUCGGAUGAAGGGUAGCUGCAUAAAUU